CCUCUCCUCUUCUCCCCCACCAAGCCCAUCCACCCCACCCCCACCCCCACCCCCUCCUCACUCCCAACCCACCUACCACGCGCACAGAGCGACGCGAGAUCAAGAUGGCGACGGAGCUGACGGCGGCGCAGCUGCGGGCGUACGACGGCACCGACGCGUCCAAGCCGAUCUACGUCGCCAUCCGCGGCAAGGUCUUCGACGUCUCGGCCGGCCGCGGCUUCUACGGGCCCGGCGGCGACUACGCGCUCUUCGCGGGCCGCGAGGCCGCCCGCGCGCUCGCCAAGAUGUCCAAGGACGCCGCCGACGUCUCCGGCGACCUCUCCGGCCUCUCCGACAAGGAGCUCGGCGUGCUCGCCGACUGGGAGUCCAAGUUCCAGGCCAAGUACCCCGUCGUCGCCCGCCUCGCCGCCUGAACCCAAGUCCACUCGGCCGCCGCCACCCCUCCCCCGUCCCCGACUAGUAUCGUAUCCUCCCGUGACCAGCGGCUCCACCGUGUGUAUGUGUACCCUGUUACCCCCCGCGUAUAACUGUCCAAUAAUAAUCCGAGGGCGCGUUUGUUGGCGGCGACGAUUGAUCCUUAUGAUUUUGCAUUUUGUUUCAGCUUUGAUUGGUUGUUCUUAGUCUUGAUGAUUCAAGUGGAGUAUGGCUCCGUAUGGAGCAAUGCCCUGAAUGCCCAGCCUUGCUUAUAAAUUCACCGGUGCCGAUUUACAGAGGCUCCGAAUUUGAUGGUUUA